CCUUGAAAAAUAUUAUUGUCUACUUCGCGUUUGCUCGUCGCCCUGGGUCUCGAGAGUCUUUGCAGAAAUAAUUGAUACAUGGUAAGAUCUGCAAACUACAUUUCCGUUGUGCAAUGCGGAAUGUUCGUGUGAUUGAUAGAAAGUAGAGAUUCUGAAACAUUCUUGUGGAAAGCGAGCAUCGUGCCGCUGGCUAGCCGCGAUGUCGAAGAAGAACAAGUUGAACAAACUGAAUUUGACUAUAACCCCUUCUACUCCGUCUCCUGAUCCACUGCAGCCCGAACCUAAUGAUGCCGCUGGGAUCGGCUUGCAGAAAAUGGAGGAGAUACGAAAGAAAUUCGAUGAACUUGAACUGGAUUCGUUACAGCGCGAAAGACUAGAGGCGUUUCUAGCCGAAAAGAGGAAAAUUGGCGAGUUAAACGCAGAAGAUUUUGAUAAAUUGGCCGAGCUAGGCGCUGGAAAUGGUGGCGUUGUUACGAAGGUUUUGCACAAGCCCAGUGGAUUGAUAAUGGCUCGAAAGCUAAUUCACUUGGAAAUCAAGCCUUCUAUUCGGAACCAGAUCAUUAGAGAGUUGAAAGUUUUACAUGAUUGCAACUCCCCUUACAUCGUUGGAUUUUACGGCGCCUUUUACAGCGACGGAGAAAUCUCUAUUUGUAUGGAACACAUGGACGGUGGGUCACUGGACCAGAUACUCAAAAAAGCUGAUCAACUUCCUGAGGACAUUUUGGGGAAAAUCACUGUUGCUGUUUUGAAGGGUUUGAGCUAUCUCAGAGACAACCACAAAAUAAUUCACAGAGAUGUAAAGCCAUCAAAUAUUUUAGUGAACUCACGUGGUGAAAUAAAGUUGUGUGAUUUUGGAGUCAGCGGCCAGUUAAUUGACUCAAUGGCAAAUUCCUUUGUUGGCACAAGAUCUUACAUGUCGCCUGAGAGACUUCAAGGUGCCAAUUACUCAGUUUUGUCAGAUAUCUGGAGUUUUGGGUUAUCACUGGUUGAAAUGGCAAUUGGUAGAUAUCCAAUACCACCGCCAGAGGAAAAUUCCAAGAGUACCAGCCCAUCUCACCUGAUGCGCCUGCCUCCUGGAGCAAGACCUCCAGGUGGAGUGAAUAAUGAUGCCAGGCCAAUGGCAAUAUUUGAACUGCUGGACUACAUUGUUAAUGAGCCACCUCCCAAACUACCAUCAGGUCACUUUUCAGAUGAGUUUUGUGAGUUUGUGAACAAAUGUCUUGUGAAGAAUCCUUCAGAAAGAGCAGAUCUGAAGUCAUUAAUGAAUCAUCCAUUCAUCAAAAAAUCUGAGAUGAUGCAAGUAGACUUUGCUGGUUGGGUGUGUCAAGUGGCUGGUCUCUAGCAAGCGACUGACUGGCGGAUCAAAAUAAACUGAAUUGGAGUAUUGCUAUGGACAAGUUUAUUACCCUUAUUUAACUUGCAGCGUCAGAAUGAUGGAAUUACAAGAAAAGGAAAAUAUAUGCAAUGGAAUUUAUAUAAAUGUGGUGUGUUUCGGAUUUGGUGCAGCAAGAGACUGCAAAGCGUGGGAGGGAAAUAUGUUGCGGCAUGUCUAGAGGAUGCUAAACUUAUCAGAACACUCCAGAUUGAUGGAUUUGCGCUAGCAUGGAACACAGUUGUUUACUAGGGAGCACUUGUGGAACUGUGAUAAAGAUAUGGAAUGGAAAUAAGACUCAAGACAAAAAUGGGGUGUUUUAGGGUGGGGUGGGGGGUGGGUUCAGUCUCAUGUCCCCCCCUCCCACCCACCCAUCUACCCUCUAUAUAAAUUCCUUACAUGUCUAGACUGGCUGUCAAGGUAUAACAUCAGUUGCACAGAACACAAGUCGAUUUCUUUGUAAUACUAUUUGUUGCUUAUGAUUUAGCUUUUUUUCAUGCAUUCUUUCUGUAAUCUCUGUUCAAUGUCAUUUUGGUCAAAUGGAUUGUUAUAUAAUGACUGUAAUCUGUAAUGUACAGUAAUAUAGUUGUUAUGACGAACUCGGAGACUAGUUUAUCACAUCACUGGUUUGUCAUAUCACUAUAAGGGGAUAGGUUGGUUAUCUUUAACUGUAGAUACAAGUAGCAUGCUUUAUAUCAAAUAAAUAUCUGGCCCUCGCAACAAAGAGGAAAUCAUUUUACAAGUGGUUUUUGAGAUGCCAUCAUCAAUACUUUUCAUCUAAAAGGCCAAAUGUCUUCACACUAUUGGGUUGUGAAAGUUGUGGUAACCAAAGUUAGCAUUUCUCUAAAGUUGUAUAGUCGUUUGAUUUAGCAGGAAUCCAAGAAGCUCGGAAAUAAGCCUAGAUCGCUGGAAACUGAAUUAUAUUGAUUUCAUAUUGUGGGACACUUACAGAAUUGGACAGAGGACAGGAACUCAUUUGAAAGUAAGGGUAGGCUGUGAGCAGGGCGAGAGAGGGCAAUAAGCCCCCCCCCCGUCCCCGCCACUCCUUCCAAGAGUUCCUGUGCGGGCGUUUUUCUUCUCGCACUGUUUUUCGCGCCACACUUGGCGGACUAAGAGAAAAAGAUGCCUGUUUUUAGUCUAAGCGGGCAUGACCAAUGAUGGUGUGGAUCCAGAGCAUGGAUUUCAGCAGGAACAAACUACAAAUCCUUUGAGAGUUUGCAUUGUUUUUUUUUGUAAGGUGGAAUCCCUUCAAGAAACUGCUCACUUACUCAAAGUUUCUUUUCUUGAUUGUGUGAAGACGGCCUGUAUUUAUUACAGUUUGAAGCAGUUGCUUUAAGGUGAUAGCAUCCAAAACAAGGAGAAGCUGUAGUGUUACUCCUUUUCUCUGGGAAUUGAUGUGAGGGCUCACUGCAUGGCCCAAAACAGGAAGAAUGUUUACUGCAGGUGACAGCAAAAUAGGCCCACUUACUUUCAUUACUUGGCAUCGGCAAUCAAUAGAUGAAAUAGUGGUAAUCGGAAACGGUGGGCAGUUAUUAGUUUUGCAUGAUGGAACACGUAAGACCUGAUGGAAAGAAAAAAUUCAGGAGCUCAUUAUAACAUCUUAACAUGUCGAGAAGAAGUUAUCGGCCCUGGCCUUCGCUUGGGGCUAAUGUAACGUGUUUGCGAUGCGAGUCUCCAUAAACGUCCUUUUAUAGUUGU